AUGGACAAUCUCAGCCCGCCGAGUGCUCAAGAGCAGGAUCUCUAUUAUGACGGUUUGCCGUCCCACCCGCGUCUUGUCGCUCGCUCGUCGAUAGAGCCCUGGCAGUCGAUACACGGCCCUGAUAGACAUCCCGUUACUAACCUCCGCCGGCGCAAGGCUUUUCUUCCCCCAUCUCGCCAUGAUGUCAUGCGUCUUUGGAAUGUCAAGGAUGCGCCUCUGCGGCGCGAUAUCAAACAUCAGUUGCAGCAUCUAUCGUGGAACGCCAUUGAGUUAUUUCGGGUCGGCUUCGAAGAUGAGCAAGAUCCUCAUGGAUGGAAACUGACCCUUAUGGUGUCUGUCAUGCCAGAAUCCGCUACUACAUGGAGCGUAGCAGCUCAGGCUGCCGUUGCAUGCAAAGCCGUGCUGGAAUCGUACAACAUAUUCGACAUUCACUGCGAGAUUCGAGAAUCAUCAAUCCUGCUUCUAGCCUCUGAACCAGCCGACAAUCUCAAGGUUCGUGGGAUUGAUCAUCUUCCUUCGCAAGAUCCCAGGUCGCUAGAUGGCCAUCGAAGCCCGUAUCUGGGAACAAGCAUUGCCAGUCUCAGCAACCCUGCUAUCGGGGCUACAAAGGGCUUGUAUCUUCGCAUCUCUGAACAUGGCCAAGAACAUCAAGCCACGGUGGCUCUGACCUGUCGCCACCUGCUUGAGACUACGCUAUCAACCAACGUGGAGAUACGAGGCGGACCGGACGUGAUACAGCCAUGUCAAAGGACGCUUGAGGCAUACAUUGCUAAUCAGCAAGACCAAAUCAACUACAUUGACUCAUUAAACAGCAAGCAACGCGCGAGUGCCGACUACCAGAAAAUGAAGUACGAUGCUGAGAGUAGGCUUCGGGCUGCCAGUCUUUUGAAAUACCCCGAAUCGCGCAAGAUUGGUCGUGUGCAUUACGCACCGCCUAUUGCUCUACGCCAGAGUUCCCACCACGACAGUUGGCUCGCAGAUUGGCUACUUGUGCAGCUGGAUCCUGCGCAUCAAGAGGACGCCUUGUCUGACUUGACCAAUGACAUCGUCUUGGAAAACCAUUCCGGCCAAAAAAGACUCCAGCGUGUUCUUGCGCAGAUGAAGGUGCAACCUGAGGCACCUCGGUUCUUUGACAACAAGCUCUACAAGCUGCAACUAGCUGGUACCGUCACAGAGCGGGAACUGCGCAACCCGCCUCACAGUGAGCUCAACGAUGACGCUGUUCUGUUCGUGGGCAAAGUUGGCGCCAGGUCGGGACUGACCUUUGGGCUUGGUUCGACCAUGGCCUCGGUCGUGAGGUAUCCUCUGAAGGGUAUGACCCUUGAGUCGCUGGAAUGGCCAGUUCAUCAUGUAAAAGGAGAUCCGAACUUUUCAGCUCCUGGAGACUCUGGAUCGAUUGUGUGGACUGUCGAUGGGCGCAUUGUUGGAAUGGUAACGGGAGGGUGUGGUGUCCGUAGCAUGGACAUAACGUAUGUCACUCCCAUCGAAAGACUGCUCGCGGAUGUCCGGUCUCGAGGGUUCAAUGUAGAGAUUAUCUAG